AUGGGUGGUAAGAUUCAAGGGUUUCUCGGUGCUGUUUUGCUCGUCACCUCAGUGGCUUACUUCAAAUCGAAGGACUUCAAAGAUAACCAGGAGUACAUCUCGAAGACGUUGAGAGACACGCAAAGAAUCAUUGAUCAAGAGCCACAGGAGAAGAAGGACACUCCUAGAGCUGUGGAGUUCAAGUACAGACCAUCCAUCAGACAGACAGUGGCAGAUAUAUGGGACGACUCCGUUCUCAGCGGAGUGAAGUGGGUCUACAGUGUGGAUGUCGAGCACAGUCUUAGCAGGGCUAUUGAAGGAGUGCAAGACUUGGCUACAAAGUUGACAUCAAAGUGA